AACAUACUCUCUCUCUCUUCAACUUUCUCUCUCUAAAAAAAAUUAUACAGCUAAGAAGCUGAAUCUAUCUACUGAAAGCGCAGUGAAGUUCAAAAAAGUUGACGCUAAAUUUUGUGUGUUUUUUGUGCUUGUAGUUCCGUGUAAGGAAUAUACUCAAUCUUCGGUGGGUCGGUGUUGAAAUUGUCUUCUGUGGAUGGUGCAGCAAAAGACAGUUAUUUGAGAGGAAAGAAGUCUGGUUUAGUUGUUUCAGAGACGAGUUUCCAUCUUUUGGGUAAAAAUUGGAGACUUUUUGUCUACCUCAGAUACAUUUAGUAAUCACUCGCUUAAUUGAAUGACAUUAUUGGUUUUGCUUGGUUCUCCGACUAGUUAUUUCUUCGGAGCAAUUGAAGUUUCUUGAGCUUAGUGGGGGAUUUGAUGCCAUUUUAUGAGUUUUCUCUACUCACUUGAGGCUUUUAUGCCAUUUUUUAGGAAGUUUCUAUAUUUGCUCAAGUGUUGGUAGAUUGUGUACUUCUUGGUGAAAAAUGGUUCCAACAGGGCCUCCUAAUCCAAUUGGAGGUUCCCAGUCUGUACCGUCUUCAUUACUGCGAUCAAAUUCCGGUGUAAUGGGUGGUCAAGGGGGCUCCAUGCCUUCACCAGGUGGUUUCCCUUCUAUGGUUUCUCCUCGGACAAUGUUUGGUAACAUGAAUAUGCUAGGGAAUGCUCCCAAUGUUUCACAUCAGUCCUUUGCAAAUGGAGGUCCUAAUGCAGGGCUGGCUGGACCAGGAAGUUCUCAGCGUGGUCCUGUUGAUAAUGGGGCCGAGACUGAUCCACUUUCUGGUGUAGGAAAUGGGAUGGGUUUUAGUGCUCCUUCAACGUCAUUUAUGUCAUCAGCCAUGGCGACAAAUCCAAAUAGCAGUCAAGUUCAAGGACAGCAGUUUCCUAACCCCUCCGGUAACCACAUGUUGACUGACCAACAACGAUCCCAACAGCUUGAUUCCCAGAAUUUUCAACAUAAUCAACAGUUGCAGCAGUUUUCUUCCCCUAUCAAUUCCCAAACACAGCAACAGCAGCAUCAAUUUCAAUCCAUGCGUGGUGGAUUAGGAAGUUUGGCACCUGUCAAAAUGGAAACACAGGUGACUAAUGAUCAAACACCGCAGCAGUUGCAAGCUCUGCGAAACUUGGCACCUGUUAAAAUGGAACCACAACAGAUUCAAAGUAUGAGAGGUCUUGCGCCUGUCAAAGUAGAACAACAACAAUCAGACCCAUCUUUAUUUCUACAUCAGCAACAACAGCAGCAGCAAUUCCUUCAGAUGUCCAGGCAGUCCCCUCAAGCUGCUGCUGCUGCACAGCUUUUGCAUCAGCAGAGGCUAAUGCAGUUCCAGCAUCAUCAUCAACUCUUGAAGACUGCCCCUCAACAACGAAACCCAUUACAACAACAAUUUCAAUCACAGAAUCUUGCUGUCAGACCUCCUGUAAAGCCAGUAUAUGAGCCUGGGAUGUGUGCCCGUCGGCUGACUCAUUAUAUGUAUCAGCAGCAACAUAGACCUGAAGACAAUAACAUUGAGUUCUGGAGGAAAUUUGUUGCUGAGUAUUUCGCUCCCAAUGCCAAGAAAAAAUGGUGUGUAUCUAUGUAUGGAAGUGGUCGGCAGACUACUGGAGUUUUUCCUCAGGAUGUGUGGCACUGCGAAAUAUGCAGCCGCAAGCCAGGCCGUGGGUUCGAAGCGACUGCUGAGGUUUUGCCCAGGCUUUUCAAGAUAAAGUAUGAAAGUGGCACUUUGGAAGAACUUCUCUAUGUUGAUAUGCCCCGUGAAUAUCAGAAUUCAUCUGGGCAAAUAGUCCUAGAUUACGCAAAAGCGAUUCAGGAGAGUGUCUUUGAGCAACUUCGUGUUGUCCGUGAUGGUCAGCUUCGCUUAGUGUUUUCACAACCUGAUUUGAAGAUAGUUUCUUGGGAAUUUUGUGCACGACGUCAUGAGGAGCUUAUCCCUAGAAGAUUGUUGAUACCUCAGGUUAGUCAACUUGGUGCUGCGGCUCAAAAGUACCAGGCCGCCACCCAAAAUGCAUCAUCUAGUGCGUCUGUUUCUGAGUUGCAGAAUAAUUGCAAUAUGUUUGUUGCUUCAGCUCGUCAGCUAGCAAAAGCUUUGGAAGUUCCGUUAGUAAAUGAUUUAGGAUAUACAAAGAGAUAUGUGAGAUGCCUACAGAUAUCGGAAGUGGUAAAUAGCAUGAAAGAUUUGAUUGACUAUAGCAGGGAGACAGGGACCGGACCCAUGGAGAGCUUGGCUAAGUUUCCUCGUAGGAACGGUUCUUCAGCUGGAGUACAAGGUCCAGUUCAAUCAACUGAGGAUCAGACUCAGCAGCAGCAGCAGCAGCAACAACAGCAGCUGCAGCAACAACAACAACAGCUGCAGCAACAACAACAUACACAUCAAACAGUCAGUAGCUCGAACCAUGAGACGACUUCACAGCCUGGUGUACCGCCUCUACCUUUGAGCAAUGGUAUGUCGAAUGUAAACAAUUCUGUGAACCAAGUAGCUGCUACUUCGUCUAGUGGUACAGUUGUUGGAUUACUGCACCAAAAUUCCAUGAACUCCAGGCAACAAAAUCCAGUGAAUGGUGGAAGUAGUACCUACUCAGGAAAUGCUGUCCAAAUGCCUUCACCUAAUACUUCAAGUACAAUGCCUCAGUCUCAACCCAACUCUUCUCAAUUCCAGUCUCCAACACCAUCAUCAUCCAACAAUCCACCACAAGCUUCACACAGUGGCUUAUCAUCAGUGCAACACAUGAACUCUGCAAAUUCCCCAAAAAUCACAAUGCAGCAACCAGCCCAUUCAAGUGACGUGGAUGCUAAUGACUCUCAGAGUUCUGUACAAAAGAUCAUACAUGAAAUGAUGAUGUCUUCACAGCUCGGUGGCGGUGGCAUGGUAGGUAAUGGUACUAUUGGGAAUGAUAUAAAAAAUGGACAUGGGAUGUUGGCAACAAGUAAUAAUUCCCUUCUCAAUGGAAGCAAUUGCCUUGUUAGGAAUGGGACAGCCAAUGCUAACAGUACAGGUGUUGGUUCUGGAUUUGGGAGUAUGAACAAUGGACUGGGACAAGCUGCAAUGGUUAAUGGAAUGCGUGCUGCAUUGGGUAAUAACCCUUCAGCCAUGAAUGGGUUAGUGGGCAUGACAAUGGUGAGAGAACGUAAUAUGAGUCAACAGCAACAAGAUCUGGGAAACCAACUGCUAAGUGGUUUAGAAGCAGUCAACGGUUUUAACAACCUGCAGUUUGACUGGAAAACAUCUCCGUAAAAAGCCAUGGUUGCUGAAGCAGAAGUGGUUUCAAAGUUUGCCCCGUUUGUACUGAUUUGAGUGGGAAGGACAACGUAUAGGGUGGCAUCUUAACAGCUGAAAUGUUAUCUCAUCCGAGAGUGCACUCUCUUCUAACUUGAUUUUGCCUGGUUUGUCGUAGCUGCUCCUUUAAUGGGACAUUCAGGGAACGACUUGGCUAAUGGACUGCUACAUUCAAUCUGUUUAUACCAUGCGGAGGCAUUUGUUAACUAUGUAUGGGCUGAGCUAUUGCCCCUAUCGUACUGCAUCUCUACACCACUCCAGAGCAUGCAGUUGUAUAUAGUUGGGGUUCUGUUGUAGAGCUUUCAGUAGCUUCUAUAAUUGGCACCGGUGCAAUCAUCAUUUCCUCUCUCCUUCCUACUUGUCUUUCUGUUAGGCUUAUUUGGAGUGGCUUGACAGGAAAAAAGAAAGUAGGAAGAGGCUUGGUGGAAUUAAAGUAAAUCCAUUAGUAUCAAGUUAUAUCUGAAGGAAUUUGAUUUUAAGCACUGGAAUUUUCAUAGGGGCAUAAUUUGAAGUAUUUCUAUUAGCCUGUUGAUUAGGAAUUGCUGGCUUGAUUUUAACCCACAGAUGUUUGUUCUAAUUGCUUUACAAAGUAGAAAGAGCCAGUUGCUCAUGUUUUUUGCUGGAAAAAAUUAAACCAGUGAUGAGGCGGUCCUACUUUACUCUUGUUGCCAUCAUCUUUAACUUGUUAUUGGCUUUCUGGAGUGCAGUGUUUUUCUUUUAUUGAACUGCGAGGAGAGAGAUGCUAUUGCAAGGAUACUAGUCAUGAAGAAAACUUGUCGGCAACAUAUUCUGGUGUCUCUACUGCCGGCAACUCCAUGAGCUCCAGAGAGAUCAUCGACAAUGGAGCAGCAGAAACCUAUCAUUUGCAAUUCUUAAUUUAUAUAGUUUGAAUCUCGAAAGUUCAAAAUCUCAGGUCCGACGAAGUUAAUGUAAUGAAAAGAAUGCAUGUAGUAUAAAAUAAAGAGUUCAGAGGAGAACCUUUUUAAAUGUUCAUAAA